AUGCAUAUGGACCUGACUUUGCUAUUAUGCUCUGAGAGUCUGGGACGCAACUAAGCAGCCGCGCCUGCGGCUGACGUGUAGUCCAGAAUCCGAAGCAGUCAACAUUCAGCUGAUGCGGCCGAUCUAGUCCACUAAUUCUGCUAAAUUUUCUUGUUAGGAACAGGUUAGUCCCUCCAAUAUGUGGGGGAGACUCUCCUCCAUGGCACAGGCCGUGCAGGAAAAGCUAGAAGAGUCUUUAGGUGAAGAUCCAGGCGAAGAUUUGGAAGCAUCGGCAGAAAGUCCACCGCAAAGCAAGGAUGAGCUUAUAACAGAGCUUAGAGCAGCGUUGAGUCAGUCGGAGAGGAGGAACGAAGAAAUCAAUCGUGAAUUCCAGAAGUUGUUGCGACAGAAGGAGGAGGAACUUGUACAGCUCAGAGAAAAUGUCAGAGCAGGACCAUCAUUAGAGAGCAGUGAACUGUUAUCAGAGAUGCAAGAUCCUGAUAAUCCCGCCCAAAAGAGCAACAUUCAACAGAUUCAAGCCUUGCUUGCUGAAAAAGACAGCACCAUUCAAACUUUGCAGAAGCGUCUGGAGGAGAGUGAGAGUGCAGUCAGACAGCUUGAACAGCAAGGAAGGGACAAUGAAGAGAAGGUCAUGAGUGAGUUGGCCGUCAAGAUAAGAACUGCAGAAGGUUUCCAACUGAAACUUGAGGAAUGUAAACAAUUGCUGGAGGAUCGAAACAAAACCAUCGAGGGUCUGAUGGAUCGUCUUGAUGCUCAGAAAAGGCUGAUAGAUAGCCGGGACCAGGUUAUUGAUCAACUCAAAGCCAUGAAGAAUCUUGACAGUGGAGCCGAUGAACUUGUUGCCACCUUAAGAGAACAACUGGAAGCAAUGAACAGUAGACUUGAGAAAUCUGUGGAUGAAACUCAGACAGCUAAAAGGGAAGUCCGUGCACUCAAGAAAGAAUUGGAAGAGAAAAGUGAAAUGAUUGCUGCUGCGGAUAAACUAGAGCAAGAGAAAACUUCAUUGUUGCAACACAUUCAAGAAAUUGAAGAACAGCACAAACUAACUGUCCAGAAGCUGCAGCAUCAUGUUCAAGAAAAGGAAAAGGUUAUCACUGCCAAGUUUGCUGAAGCCGAACAAGCCUACAAAACAACUGAGCAUGACCUUAGAGAGCAGCUAGAGGAGAAAACGCAAAUCAUAGAGUCCAAGGAUGAAGCCAUUCAAGUCUUUAAAAGAGCCAUGCAAGAAAAAAACUUGAGCAGUGAGGGGACCUCGCCAGCCUCUCACAGUGACAAAGUAGUGGCUCUACUUGAAGAGAAGAUAAAGGAGCGUGAAGAGAUGAUCAACAACAAUUCUCAAAGGAUAAGUGCACUUGAAAAGGAUGCUGCAGACAAACAGACUCAUAUUAAAACAUUGGAAAAGUUAGUUGAAGAUAAGACAGCAGAGGUUGAGACUUUACAAGAGUCUGUUCAUGCCAAGGAUCAGGAGCUUCAAGAGAUUAAAGAGAAACAUGAAACAGAAUUAAGCGAGAAGGAAAUGAAGCUUGAAUCACAGACAAAAAUGAAUGCCAACUUGGAGGAAACUAUUGCAUCCUUGAGAGAAAGUCUAGCUGGGCUUGAAUCCAAGGAAAAUGUAAAUGAACGGCUCCUGCUUCUUGAUGCAGAGAAGGAACAGCAAUUUAGGGAUGAAAAGGAAGCUUUUAAAGAUAGCCAAAAUGCUCUGCAUGCUCAAUUGCAAAGUUCUCGUGACAAGAACAACAAAAUUGCUGAGGAACUUGCUUUGGCAAAAACAGAGACUGAGGCAAAGGAAAAAGAGAUACGAGAUUUAAGUGCCAAAAUGGGAAAGUUGAAGCUUCAAGCAAAGGCUAAGUUGACCAGCCUUCAGAAUGAAAAGGAAAAGCUUGCCAAGGAUAUGCAAGAGGUUGAAAUGCAUCUGUUGCAUGAAAGAGAGGAAAAGUUAGCAGUACAAAUGAAAAUAGCGCAGAUUGAAGAAGAACGAGAAGGAGCUGAAUCAAAACGCUUGGAACUAGAACAAGCAUUGGAAGAGUUUGUGAGAUCAACUGAUAAAAAAGGAAAACUGGCUACCGUUGAAAAGAAGGCUUCGCUAGAGCAAGCAGAGGAAGAUGAUCAGCCUGAAGAAGAACUGGAAGGCAGUGGUACUGUAUCCACAAUCGUCGGCUCCAACUCAGAAGAAUCAGGUUAUGUCAAUGUUAUGAAAAUACUUGAGGAAGAGAGGUACUGCAUGGAAAGGAGACUGGAUCUCAUCACCAAGGAACGUGACUCUUUGCAAAACAAAGUGGAGGAGCUGGAAGAAAUGUUGGAAGCAGAGAAAGAACGCCUGCAAAAAAAGACGGAGGAAAUUAGUUCAGAUGAAGAUGCAGAGCAUGCCAAACACAUGGCGGAAGAGUCUCUGAUGAUGCAUGUGGAAGCUCUUCAAGAAGAAAAUGAAACUCUUAGAGCCACGCUCGAUCUGGAGCGGUCAGCGGUGGCAAAUCUGAGGGAACAGAUGAAACAAGGUCCACUGGACGAGAAGCUGUUUGACAAAGAUGAACGCAUUACUUAUCUGGAGACUAAAGUGGCACAACAACAACAGAAUCUUCAACUGUUUAAAACAAUGCUACAACAAAAAGAAGUGUAUGUUAUGGACCUCGAUGAUGAGAACGAGUUGAGCGCCGAAGUUGAUUCUCUGAGGAAACUGAUAACAGAGGAGAGGGAGAAACUGAUGGGACUUCAGAGCCAACUUGAAGCGAGUAAAGAACAAUGCACAAAACAGUCUGAAAAUGUGGAAAAUCUGAAAGCGGAAAUUGAACAGAGCAGGUCUACUGUAGAAUCCCUUGAGCUCCAGCUCCAGCAAAGCCGCCAAUAUCAAGAGAAGAUCCGUGAAGACAAGGAUAAGGAAAUUAGCAAUCUGCAGCAGGCUCUGAUGGAAAAUAGCUCUGGUUUUGAGCUGUUGAAUGCGAGCUUCAGCGAAACAAGCACUCAAGUGCAGCAGCUUCAAGAACAACUGACCAGUAAAGAGACUGAGGUUGAGAGGCUGAAGAAAGAACUAAGUGAGCAAGAGUCAAGUCUGGAGCAGCUCAAAGGAAGUUACACGGAUGUGUGUUCGACGGUUAAUGAAUUGCAGGUACUCCUAGCAAACAAGCAGACAGAGGUGGAAAUGUUGCAAGAUACCAGAGACCAACAGAUCUCCGAGUUUGAGUCAUUGCGUGCCACGCAUGGCGAGUAUGUUGCAAAGAUUCAGAGACUUCAAGAAGCUGUUGAAGAAAAAGAAGUCGAAAUUGUGCAGCUCAGAGCAGCUUUUGAUGAGAAAGACAGUAGUUUUGAACACUUGAGCACCAGUUUCAUCGAGUCAAGCUCCCAAGUUAAAGGCCUGGAAGAAAUUUUACAGACAAAGGAUUCUGAGCUAAGUGCUUUAAAGCAAACCAUGGAAGAGCACACCCUUACUUAUCAGCAGAUGAAGGAGGCCUUGUCAGAAACAACCUCCCAGCUUCAAGACUUACGACAAACACUCGUUGUAAAAGAAAACGACAUCAGUGUUCUUAAAUCAAAGCUAGAAGAACGGGAAAUGGCUUGUGAAGAACUGAGCACAAGAUAUGAAGAGUCAACUGCGACAGCAAGACAACUUGAAGGAAAUUGCACUGCAAAGGAUGUGGAGUUGAAAACGCUGAAAACCACUUUACAAGAGCAAGGUUUGCAGUAUGAACAACUGAACCAAAACUCGGCCGAGUCAGAUAAGCAGAUGAAGAACCUGCAAGAUUACUUGAUCGAAAAAAAUCAAGAGAUCGCUACACUUCAGGCAGACUUGGAAGAAAAGGAAGCGAGACUGAAGGAACUUAGUUUGCGUUCUUCAGACUCUGAUGCCAAGGUGAAUCAACUACAAGAAUUGCUUAGUGGAAAGGACAAGGAUUUAACAGCUCUCCAAAACAACCUGGAAGAGCAGGAGAAAGUUUAUCACGACCUAAGCUCGAGUUUGAAUAUGGCGAAUUGCCAGGUAAGGGAUCUUGAAGAAGAUGUAGCGAAAAAAGAUGAAGAAAUUACGUCACUCAAGAACGAUCUCGAAGCGCUCGGUCUGGAGAAUGACGACUUGAAGUCAAGCUUCUCAGAUGCAAGUUCCCAGAUAAAAGAUCUACAUGAUGUACUUACAGCAAAAGAGACAGAAUUAAAUGUGCUCCGAACCAGCAUGGAAGACCAAGGUUCAAAUUUUGAAGAAUUGACAUCUCGAUUGACUGAACAGAGCGUUCAUUUACAAGAAUUGACUAAUACUCUAACCACCAAAGAAAGUGAAAUCGAUGCCCUUCGAGUCCGUUGUGAAGAGGAAGCGACACGAUAUAGCCAUCUUGAAUCUCGAUAUAGUUCUGAAAUGUCCAGGCUGGAAGAAACCAUCGCAAGCAAGAAGAAAGAGAAUACUUCCCUGCAAGCUGAAAUAGAAGAGUAUGUAUCUAGCCUAAAUGAAGUUAACGCCAGUUACGAUGAGGCCACAUUGAAAGUCAAAGAACUUAACGAAAGUAUGAAAGAGAAAGAAGACGAAUUGAUUACACUUAAAACUAAACUUGAAGAGCAGAAGUCGAGUUAUGAACAGCUCAGCGCCAUGUUUGAAGAGGCAAGUUUCCAAGUUACAGAACUACAGAAAGUACUCUUAGCCAAGGAUGACGAGCUUGGCAUGUUACAGUCGAGCUUGGAAAAGAAAACUUCAAGUCUUGAACAGGUGAAUGUUAGCUACAACGAAAUGGAAGCGCAAGUGAAAGAAUUGCAAGAUUUGCUUGGGGUUAAAGAAGCUGAAAUUGUCAAGUUCCAAGCAAUGGUAGACGAGCAAGGUGAACAUUUAGAACAAGCAAGAACAAGCGAUGCUGAAAACUCUUCCCAAGUAAAUCGGCUUUUGGAAGUACUUAAGAGUAAAGAGGAAGAACUAAGCCAACUGCAGGCUAGUUUUGCCGAGCAAAAAGUUAGCGUUGAACAGCUUGAAGGACGUCGGUCUGAGACAAAUUCUUUAGUAAACGAGUUAACACAGAGACUCCACGAGAAAGACGACGAAGUGAACUCCUUAAAGGCAAAUUUGAAUGAACAAAACAUCGACUUUGAUUCCAAAUAUGGAGAAUUGCGUGCAGAAAUAGGCGACCUUCGUUUGCAUCUUUCCAACAAAGAGGAAGAACUUCUUAUACUGCAAACGUCUUUAGACGACAAGAGCGUUAGUGUUGAAAACCUCGACACAAGCCUGAAUGAGACAAAUGCCCAACUUGACGAACUACGAAGCCAGCUUGCAGCUAGAGAUAGUAAGUUUGCUGCUUUGAAGAAGAAAGCGCAGGCUUUAAAGAAAUCUUUUGAGGCAGUGUCUGCCGAGAAUGACAACCGUAAAGAGGAAUUAGAGGAGCUGAAGAAAGAGAAGGAACUUUUCUUGGAAGAAAAAGAAGCUAUGGAAACGUGUUUAGCGCAAUUGAUCGAGCACAAGAAUCAACUUCAAGCUAAAAACGAGGAGAUACGAGAAUUGGAAAACACGCUUGGGAAAGUCGAGGAAGCUUUGCGAAUGGCUAGAAAUGAAAAGGAAAGUUUGAAUUCAGAAGUCAUUGAGCUUCGACGACAAUUAGAUUCCCUUGAACAAGAGAAACAGCAGAUGUUAGUUGAACGCGAAGAACUGAACUCUCGAAUCAAUGAAACUGAAACAGAGAAGGCGUCGAUGGAGACUUCUAUUCAGGAUGAAAGGAAAGAAAUCUCACAAGUUCAGUCUGAAAAUGAAAUGUUUAAAACUGAGCUUGGAGAAUUGAAAAGACAGCUUGACUUCAAAGAGAAAGAAGUUAGUGAUCUUAAAGAGGUUAUAGAACACUUAAAAGGCGUUGUCGAAGAAAUUAACAAGUCAGCUAAGGAAGAACUAGAACGGUUAGAAUUAAAGAAAAACGAAGAAUUAGACGAAAAGCUUUCGGCCAAAGAGAGAGAGUUGUUCCAAGUGUCUGAAAAUCUGUCCUUGAACAAGACAAUGGUGGAGGAAUAUCAGAGUAAGCUCCUUGAGAAUGAAGACGCUUUUAACAACUCAAAACGUGCGUUUGAACAAGAAAGAGAAGGCCUACAAGUAAAACUUGGAGAUAUUUUAUCUGAAAGAGAUUCUUUAAAGAACGAAUUGUCUGAGAUUACAGAGAAAAAUGGCAAUUUGUCAUCAGAGAUUGAAAGAACCAAAGUUGAGUUGGACAUGAAGGAGAGCCAACUCAGCUCUUUGCAACAUGAACUUGCUGAACUGCACAAAGUUGUUAAGGAAGAGCUUCUUACAUCUCACAAGGAAGAAUCGCUGAACAAUCAACUCCACUCAGCACAAACAGAGGUCAUAGACCUACAAGAAAAACUAAAACACCAUCAGGAGUUGCUGAAUCUCAAGGAACAGGAAGCUGUGGAACUUUGCAAUAGAUUAUCAGCAAGCGAAGAAGCCUUGUCAGUAGCGAACACUAGACUUGAAGACCAAACUGCACACGAGAAUGAAUUGGAAAAGUCCAUGGGUCGUGCUGAGGAAACUACUGCUAGUUUACGAGCAGAUCUUAGUGAUGUCGCUUCUGAACUGAGACAAGUGUCCCACGAGAAGACAGCUUUAGAAUCAGAAUUGUUUGACCUAAAAGACAAAUUAAGUGCCGCUGACUGGGAACUAGAUGCACUAAGAGACGAAUUAAGUAAUUCAAAGGCAGAACUGAACGUGAAGGAUGAACGCAUCAGUAGUCUUGAGCAAGAAGUUUCUGAAACUAAAGUUACUCUUGAAGAACAACUCCAGGCAAAAGAGGAAAAGGAGCUUGUAAUUGGGAAGGAGCAAGAAAUGCUCAAAGAGUUGCAAGAUACCAUCAUCCAACUGAACCAGCUUUGCAAAGACCAGGAACAAAACCUGAUGGUGUUAAACAAGGAACGUGAUGAAGAUAUAGAAAAGCUAUCAGAGGCCAAGUCGCAAACUGAAGAGUUGGCUCGAAAGUUGGAGGAGGUUAAAGAUUCUUCCAUUGCGCUGAAGCAGGGGAAAGAAACUAUCGAGGCAGACUUAGAAGAGACCUCCACCAAACUAAGCCAGAUCCUGACUGAAAAGGCUUCUUUGGAAUCAGACCUUUCUGAUGUUAGUCAGAAGUUGACCAUGAUAACCGCUGAGCAAGAGCGAUGUGCUGCAGAGCUGGAGGAUACAAAGAACGAGCUUUCUGACGCCAAACAGAAGCUAGAAACCUUACCAAACGAGCUUUCGAGUACUGAGGUAAUACAGAUAGAGAAUGUAACCCCUGUUGAAGGACGAGUGCCAGAAACUGUACCAGACAGAGAAGUUUUAUUGAGUUCAUCCGCUGACGAAAUUGCUAAACUAUCAUCGCGAGAAAGACAACUUGUUCAUCAAAUUCAACAGCUUGAGCAGGAGAAAGGAAACUUUGAGGCUGAGAUGACUGAGAUUUUAUCGGAGGUGAAAGAGGCAAGAAAUGCAAAACUUGCAGCUGAGGCCGAGCUUGCAGAUACAAAAGAAAAGUUAAAUGAAUUGAUGGUACAACAUGAAUGGGUCACAUCUGAAUUACAGAACUUAAAAGAGGAGUUCGAGGAACAAGAAAGGGAACUGGACAAAGUCAAACAAGAACUAGACGAAGCUAACAAACCUAAAGUGGAAUAUCAAGGAGAUACUUCAAAUGAGCUGGAAGACAGGCUACGUCAGAAGGAAAAAGAACUUGCCGAGGUGAGGAAAAACGUGGAAGAAACCGUCAGUAAGAAAGUGGAAGAAAUUUCUACCGUCAAAGACCUUGAAAAGGCUCAAAUCGAGGAACAACUUGCCAAGAAGUUGGAAGAUACCAAGAGUCACAAGGAUGAGGUGAUUGCUAAGUUGAAAGAUAAGAUACGAGAGAAGAUUGAGUUGAACAAAAAAAUCACGGCUGAGUUCAGACUUAAAUUAGCGAAUGCCCAGAAGGAGAAGGAAGAAGCAAUGCAAGAGCUUGGUUCCCAACUGGAACUUCAGACUCAGACGACGGAACAGCUAUCGGCGGCUUUGGAUCAGGUGAGAGAAAGCUUCAGAGCUAAAGAUGGAGAAGUGGAGGAGCUGAAAAGCAGGCUUAUUGAUGGAGAGAAUGAAGGGGAACAGAAAGACCUAAAAUGGCAGGAAACGUUACUAGAAUUGCAGAAUCUGAAACUGGAGAUAGAAAAGCGUGACCAGGAGAAAGUUGAAAUGGAUUCGCGUUUGCAGGCCAGUGUAGGCCAAGAUGAAUUUGACAAGUCAAUUGGGGAUAGGAACAAACUAAUCGCCAACCUAAAGAAAAGACUGAAGGAAGAACGAGCGGCAAAGAAAGAAGAAAUGACCAAAUUACAGCUCUCUAUCACAGAGAAAGAUGCAGAGAUCCAGCAACUGAGGGAUGCACACGCUGAAGAACUUACUAACGUCAACAACAAACUUCAAGCUGCGCAGGAAUUCAGCAGAACCUCAGAGGAAAAGCAAGAAGCGUUAGAACAUGAACUGCAUACCACAGAAGACGAGAUGAACAAUUUGGCGAGACAGUUAGAGAACAUGAAAAAUGAAGUAGAAAGGAAGCAAGGGCAACUACAGAAAGAACUUGAUGAACGAGAAGCUGACUUUACGUCCAGUAUGAAUGCAAUGAAUUCCCAAAAAGAGGAGGCCGACAAGCUUAUCGAACAGUUAAAACAAGAGGUCAAAGUUCGGGAUGACGAAAUAGCAAUGAUGAAAGAAGAAGAGGCAAACCAACAGCAAGAGAAACAGCUCCUCCUUGAUGAAGUUCAACAGCUUAGUGAAGCGGUUGAAAAUCUUAAAGACAAGGAUUUGAAUAUUGCGACACUGCAAGGAGAACUAGAGGCUCUAACACAAGAGAAAGUCAAACUGGAACAUCACCUUGUAUCUGUUGAAGAUGAGCUUGUGCAGUUGAAAGAAAAGAAUCUGGAAUUGCAAGUCGAAACUGAAAGGCUAAAUGUUGCAUUAACUGAAGCUAAUUCUAGAGGUGAAGCUGCAGCUACGUUUUUGGGGAGACCUCCUGAUGUCCCUGUUGAUAAUUUGUCAUCUUCAACGCCAGCUCUAGUUGACCACGUUCCUCCGUUAGUGGAAGAGGAAGCAAUUCCUAAGGUUGAAGAAUCCAUUCCUCUACAUCUCGAUCCUUCAUCUGUACCAUCUCCUCAGGAUCCUGACGCUAAUGAAGAGCUUGAAAAAGUCAGAACUGAGAUGUCCGAGAUCCAUGCAGAACUCUCCAAAGUCAAAGCUGUAAAUGAGAAACUCAAAGCAAAACUGAGAGUACAGAUCAAAAAGGAAAAGGUGAAAUCGGAGUCUGUGAGUGAACAUGAUUCCAAGGAGCUAAUGGCAGAUAUUGAAAAAGUUCGUCAAGAGAAGCUGAACUUGGAAAAGUCAGCCUAUGAGAUGCGGGAAGAAUUAGAUGGAAUCGUUCGUCACAAAGAUGGCGUCAUUGGAGAUCUGAAAAUCAAGGCCCAGCUGCUUUUAGAUGAAAAAGCGAGAAAUGAAAGUCUUCUCGAAGAGUAUGAGAAGUUUUUAUCACAGAGAGAUGAUGAGAUACAAGACCUCAAAAAUCGCUAUCAACUCCUUUGCAAAGACAAAGAUGAUAGCAUUGAACAACUUGAGAAAACUCUCGAACAAGAAAAGCUCGAUUAUGUGCAGGAACUAGAGACGUGUAAAGAUGGAUAUGAACAAGUGCUUGGUAACAAAGAGGCAGAAGUUGAAAACUUUCAACGCGACCUUGCCAGUGCUAAGAUGGAAAUCGGUCAACUUACAAAGCAGCUUCACGAGGCCCGGCAGUCGUUAGAAGAACUCAACAAGCUCAAAGUCGACUUUGAUCAUAUUGUGUCAAGUCUUCGUGAAGAUCUACAGCAGGCGCUUGAUGAAAAAGCAGCUGCUGAUCAAAUUGCUCACGAAUUCCGUGUCCAGCUGAAGAGAAACGAGAGGUCAGUGGAACAGAGUAGUGUCCAGCUGGAAGAAGUGGCAGUUGGUACCACAGAAGCGGACAAAACAGAAGUAGAUGUUCAGCUUAAGGCUACCCAGGAAGAAGUUGAAUUGUUGAAGGAAACUCUGGAAACUGUGCAGAAGGAAAAGGAGGAGCUUCAGAAGAGUUUAGAAAUGCUUAAACAUGAAGGAAAAGGAGAUGAUGCUGACAAAGCCGACGUUGAACAGGCUGGGAUAGAUAAUAAAGAGGGAGGAGACGAUAAGGGGGUAGAGUUGACUGGCAUGCCAAACGAUGUUCUCUGGUUGCAAAGUGAGCUGAAGAAGGCCUCUGAACUCAAUGAAACCCUGAGUAGCGAGCUCAAGGUAGCGUCAAGGAAAAAAAGAACAAAAUCCGAUUCAAGAGAAGAAGAAACAUCCAGUGAAACGAGAGCAGAACUCGAAAGAUCUCGAGCAGCAAAACUGGAUGGUGACAGGAAGGUACAAGAGCUUCGUGAAGAACUUGAUAAUUUCGUCAAAGAGAAAGAAAUGAUUGUGGCAGCUCUUAAAUCCAAAAUACAGCAAGUGUCACAGGAAAAUGAGGAUGCUAUCAGAGUGGUUGGAGAGCACGAAAAACAACUCUUAGACAAGGAUUCCAAUGUCCGUGAUUUAACCGAGCAAAUUCAGUCUUUGAGUUCAGAAAACGCGGAACUAAAGAAAGCCGCAGAACAACUAACAGCAAUAAAUUCCCAGUUACAAUCCGUGGCUCAAGAUGCCGAUGAUGCAAAGACUGCCUUGGAAGCCCUCGAAAAAACGAACCAAUCACUUAUUAAUGAGAGAAACCAAGAAUACUCUGAAUUAGAGCAUCAGUUAGAGAACACAAAAGAGGAGUAUGAACGAGUAAUUCAAGGCUUAAAAGAAGUGUUGGCUGAGAAACAAAGGGAAGUGGAUGAAUCAAACGCGGAACUAAGGAAGGAUAAUACAGAGCUGCAAAAAAAUAUUGAAAUGGUCGCUGAGCAGAAAGAUUUCAUCGAAACUGAGCUUCUGAAAACAACAUCUGAACUGGAACAAGUUAAACAAGACUUUUACCGAGUUAUUGAAGAGAAGGACCGUAAAAUUAGCGAUCUUGAAAUUCUUAUGGAGGAAAAACAGAGAAAAACGGAUGAGAGUAUUUUACAGUUGCAAAGCAAUGAGAGAACGUUACAAGAUCGUAUCCAAGUGCUUGAUGCACGCAACAGUGAAAUUAAGAACCAGCUACAAGAGGUUCAAAUGGAGCUUGGAAAACGGCUGCAAGAAGAGGAAGGACUGGAAGCGGAGCUAGCACGAGCAAAUUCACAUAUCGAUGAAAUAAAUGCCCAGCUUCAAGUCGCAACUCAGGAAAAGCAGGAUAUUAACAAGCUACAAAGCAACUUUGACCACAUCAUGUCAGGUUUGCGUGAGGACCUUCAGCAAGCACUAGAUGGCAAAAAAGCAGCAGAUGAAUUAGCUCAUGAGUUCCAAGUUCAGCUCGAGGACUUAAAAAAGUCAACGCCAGGGGCAUUUUCGAUGGGAGCCGAUGGUAAUCGUUUGCUUGAAGAAAACAAGGUUACAGAAAUGCUUGAAGCAACACAGCGCGAGGUGAUCGACUUGAAAUCUGCCCUUGAAGUUGUGUUAAAAGAACGAGAUGACUUACAAGAUAAAAUGAAAGAUCUGGAGCUUUCGCUUGAAGAGAAAAGUAACAAACAGCCCAUUUCUAGUCUCGAGGUUGACUUGAAGAGAGAGAGAGGUGACGUGGGAAAGGUAGUGGAAGAAGUUAUUUUACAGUCCUCUGUGGAUAACCAGGUUACAGCGACACCAGCCAGUGAAACCGAAGUAGAACUUGAAAAUAUGAAGAAUGAAAUGCAGAGGAUCAAAGCACUUAAUGACAAGUUAAAGGCGAAGUUGAGAGCCGUCGUCAAAAAGAAGAGAGUUAAAUCCAACUCGGAAGAUGAAGACAGCAGUGUGCGUGACGAGCUACAGGCGGAACUUCAACAGGUUCGUCAAGGGAAGCUUGACAGUGAAAAGGCCUGCCAGCAACUGCGAGUGGAGCUAGAUGCAUUUGUUCGACAAAAGGAGAGCAUCGUGAACGAGUUAAAAAGUAAGAUCGACCAGUUGGUGACAGAGAAAGGGAACAGCAAUAGUCUAGUCGAACAUUGUGAACAGCAGAUUGUCCAGAAAGAUAACGAGCUGCAAGAGAUGAGGGACGAUGUCCGAGACCUUCAAAGUGAAAACGAUGAAGCUUGGAAGAUCGUUCAAGAACUGAGGGAAGGAAAUGCUAAUCUGCAUGUCCAGGAGCAAGAACUCGUUUUGCAAAAGACCGAGAUCGAAAGGGAGUGUAGUCGAUUGAAACAGGAGAUGGAGGGUCUUGCGGAUGAUGUUUUCAAGAGAGAAAGUACGAUUUCCAAUCUCCAGAAUCAGCUAGAGGACUUGACAGAUGAUUACAAAACAGAAUUAGACGCUACAGCAGUCCAGCAUAAAGGGGUGAUAUUUGAAAUCCAAAGCCACGCCGAUCAAUUGGAACGGGAACUUUUGUCUGCCAACAAAGAGAUGGAGCAGUUUAAGGGCCAAUUACGAGAGUUGAAAAAGGAAAAAGAAGAUAUAGCCAAGCUUAAGAUGAACUUUGAUCAUAUCGUCGGGGGACUCCGCGAGGAUCUUCAACAUGCUCUCGAAGGUAAAGCGGCCGCUGAUCAAAUUGCACAUGAAUUUCAAGUGCAACUGAAACGCUUGGAGAAAGUAUCAGACAAGGUUGAAACAAGGUUCAGCGACGUAGCAGUUGAUACGGCAGACUUGGAGGGUAAAGAGGACGUCUCGGAAAAACUCCAGGCAACCCAGAACGAAGUCGAUAACUUAAGGGACGUUUUAGAAUCCCUUAACAGGGAAAAGAUAAAUUUAGAGGAGAGAAAUAGACUCCUUGAAGAACGAGAAGAGCCAAGCAACAAAAUCAGAAAGGACGAGAAAGAAGGUGAUCGGGAAAAGAUGAUUUCGGAGGUUCUUAUUCAGUCUCCAGAGAAUGAGGGAAUUCAGGCUGCUGUGUAUGAUAAUGAAGCUCUCUUGGAGUCGCCACCUGUACAGUCCAUGUUCUGUGACAGUGAAAAUAUUGAGAAAGUCAAAGAUGACCUGUCCAGUGCGCAAUCUGAAUUAGAGAAGGUCAAGUCAGUCAACGAACGUUUGAAGGCAAAGUUGAGGACACUGAUGAGGAAAACAAAAGAUGCGAAAUCAGAAGCUGGCCAAGAAAGUAGCAAGGAGGAGAUCGUGGCCGAGCUGAACAAAGUGCGGCAAGAGAAAUUAGAAAGUGAAAAGGCAGUGCAGGAGUUAAGAAUUGAGUUAGAUGCUUUCGUCAGAGAAAAGGAAAGAAUCCUCAACGAACUCAGGGAACAAAUACAGACGUUACUCGCGGAGAAGGAAGAAAGCAGUAGCCUGGUGGAGCAGUUCGAAAAGGUUCUUUUAGAGAGAGAUGCUGAGAUAUCUAGCCUUGGGGAGCACCUGCAAUAUCUGAGUGAGGAAAAGGAUGAAGUCAUACAGAAGCUUGUCGAAAACAGAGAAGAAAACCAGAAUCUGAAAGCGCUCCUGGAACAGCUGCAGCUACAGAAGGUAAAAGCUGAGAGGGAACUGCAACAGGAAAAGCUACAGACAGAACAGCUACUUCAAGGCGAGCAGCCAUUACUUGAUAGCAAAGACCAACAGAUUGCACAGCUACACGUGGAAUUGUCAAAUCAGAGAGAACUGUUCACGGAAGAAUUGAGUCGUCUGAAAGGUAGUUACGAGAGUGUCAUAUCCGAACAACAAAACCACGUAAACAAUCUGGAGGAGGCUCUACUCUUAGCUCAUACUGAAGUGGAGCAGUUGAAAUCACGGGUACACACACUAGAGCAAGGGAAAGAGGACAUAGAUAAACUUAGAACCGACUUUGACCACAUCGUGUCUGGACUCAGUGAGGACUUACAGCGGGCUUUACAGGGCAAAGCAACUGCUGAUGAGAUUGCUUACGAGUUUCAAGUGAAGCUUAAACGACUUGACCAGUCCUCAACGUCGUCAGAAGUGGAACGUAAAGAUGUUUGCGUUGGUACAGAGGAAAUGGAAUCCCUCUCCUUGUCAGGCAAAGACAGAGACAUUGAGAAAUUGCAGGAAAUCUUACAACACCUCACCGACGAAAAAGAAGAGCUAGAAGAGAGGGUCAUGGGUCUUGAUGAAGUUGUGCAAGAUAGAGAAGAGGACUUGGAAGAAAAAGGACAACAACUUCAGGAAUUACAGCUGAAAGUCGAGAGGUUAACAGCAGAACAUGCUAAUUCGGCCGAGAAGUUUAGCAGUGAGAUAGACCGAAUUGUAGCAGAAGGUGAAGAAACUAGACGGGACUUGCAAGCUCAUUUCGAUGCUACCUUAAUGGAGAAAGCCACAGAAUAUGAGAAGCUUGAAGAACAGCUCGCUUCCGUAAAGGAGGAUUAUGCUCGACAGAAGGAACAGCUAGAAGGCGAACUUGCCGAAAAGCGUCAAAUCAUAGACAAAUUGAACGAAGAGCUCAGUCAGUUCAGGACUGGUGUGCGGAAUAAAUCUGAUGAGGAGAAACUAUAUGAAGAACUUCAAGCCAACUAUGAACUGCUGGAGACUGGUAACAACAAACUUCGACAAGACUUAUAUAUGACGAUGAAAGAGAAAGAAAAUCUGCGAUUAAAACUGAAAAAGGACUAUGAUCAAAUCUUGGCUUCCUUUAAGCUUGAUCUCGAGCAGAGCAGGGAGCAAAAUCUCGAAAAGGAAAGGUUCAUUCACAAUCAACGAGUAGAAGUUGAGAGUCUUGUGAAAGACAAAGAUUCUUUAGUGGCAAAACUCAGAGAAAGCUCAGACGUGACCAAAGAAAAACUGCAACGUUCUGAAGAGGAUCAAGUAGACGGGGAUGACGUUGUGAGUAAGUUAAAGAACGAAGUUAAGUGGCUGAGAAAGGAAUGCCAGGACUGCAGGAUGGAAAAAGACAAAUUGUACAAUAAGUUUCACGAAGUGACCGAGUCUCUGAGAGGAGAAUUGGAGAAGUCACUUCUUGAGAAGGAAAAUCUCACACAGAAACUUGAAGAAACUCUUAAUCAGAACAGGGACCUUCAGCAGUCCUUAAUUGAGAAGCAGUCUGCUCUGACAAAAGCGAAAAUUCAGUUUGAACAUAUUGGUAAAGGCUGGCGAAACGAUCUUGAUGCUGCAAGAACGGAACGAGACGAGGCGUUGAGACGGCUCGGGGAACAAGGGAACCAGAGUGUGGCUAUUGAUAUGCCUGUCAGCGAGGACGAUUCGUUGGAGACUAUUGAACAACUUAGAUACAGGUUGCAAGAGAUGGAGGAGCUUUACGAGGCUAAAUGCCGUGAAGGAGAGGUUUCCUUGCAAAUCGAGGAGGUUGGAAGCCCUUCCAAAGAAUUUCCCACCAAAUAUCAUUAUUCUUCACCACAAGUCAGUCGUCAAGCCAGCUCUUUUACAAGUCAACUAGGGCGCUUUUUUAAGGGAGGGACGUCUCUCUCACUGGGCAGGCCCCGUGGUUUUCGCAGAGCCGCCCUUGCCGUGUAUUUUGUUUCUCUCCAUCUCUUGGCGUUCAUGUACAUAUUCCAAGUCUUAUUUUAAAUAUAUUUUGUGAACAGGGGCGAUUUUAUUUAAGGCAAAUGUAAUGCAUUCUAAUCUCAGACGCCCGACAAUCAAUGGAAUAAAAGAAUGGAUAAAAGUUAAACGAUAACUAAACAAUUUUCAAUAAGAAUCGGAUAAUCGGACAACACUCGGAUAACGAACAUGACAUUCACUUUUCUUUAUUUUAGUUUAAGCUAGUUAAAUUAAAUGUGGUUGAACCCUUCGCAAAAAAAAAAAAAACGUCUGAUCGCAGAUUACCUCUAUGUUCGAAUGUACUUACUUCACCUUUAGUUUUGGUCUAAGUAAGCAAGUAAAACCUUUAUUUAAGUGUCUAAGUCUAGAUGAGUCUUCAGAUGACUGUUGCGGAAGACAUUAAGCUGUUAAUUUCACGAAGAACUAAUUAAUACCAAAAGAUGUUUUCAGUGCCAUCGCAUCAUUAUAUGCAUUAAAACUAUCGAGGUUAUGAUAUUUUUGAAUUCAUGUUUAAUGAAACGGUAUGUACAGCAUUACAACGUAUGUGCAGUGCCAUCGUUAGAGGAGUUUUCAGUUGAACUUCGAAGUUUAUUUGCGUUGUUUGUGCAUUUCUACGGAAUUAACUGGUUUGAAAACCUCGCGCCAAUUCCUACACCAGUCAGACGUUAAACCAUCUCACUCGCACACGUUUUCCCACCGUUCACGCAAGCUGCACUUGUUUGCUUCGAGUUUUGAUUGGUUCACUGGACUGUCGGUUGAUUGACUGGUCAAAGUGAUUACUUUGAUUUUGGUAGGACGACACUCAAUUAAAAACUGCUCUACUCUUUUCGAGUAAUUUAAGAAUAAGACGUGGUGUAAAUGGCAUGAAAUGUCACAUUUUUUACGCUGGUUGCGUCGGAGCAAAACGUCUUUGUUAGUAACAUGUCAUCAUUUUAUUUACUACAACUAGACGUCACAUUUUUAAUAGAGUCGAUGUAAAUGUGAAUAUUGAUACGAAUAAAAUGAUCUGCAGGGUUUUAAUGUU